AUGCCGCGCGCGACGCCGCGCAUCGGGUUCGACGUCAUCGCGCGCGCGUCGGGAUGCGUCGACGCGCGACGCGCUCGACGCGCGCGCGCGUGGCGUCCGCGCGCGUCCGCCGGCGGCGGCGACGACGACGCCGCGCGCGCGGACGACGGCGACGACGUCGCGGAUGUCGUGCGCACCGCGCGCGCGGGCGUGGGUGGGAUCGAAUGGGCGACGACGUCCACGCGGGAAGACGCGCGCGACGGGGCGACGACGGCGGCGCGCGUGUGCAUCGUGGGAUGCGGGCCGGGAGACCCGGGUCUGUUAACCUUGCGGGCGUUUCAGUUGAUGCGUCGGGCGGACGUGGUGUUGUACGAUAGAUUGGUGUCGAAUGAGAUAUUAAACCUGGUGCGAACAGAGGCGAGGAUGGUGUACGUCGGGAAGCGCGCGGGAUUUCACACGCGGACGCAAGAGGAGAUACACGCGCUGUUGUCGGCGUUCGCCGAGCGCGGGGCGCUCAUUUUGAGGUUAAAGGGCGGCGAUCCGUUGGUAUUCGGACGCGGUGGCGAAGAGUUUGAGUUUCUACGGGAGAAGAAUCCGGACGUGCGGGUGGAGGUCGUUCCGGGCAUCACCGCGGCGUCGGGCGUGGGGAGCGAGCUCGGGAUUCCGCUCACGCAUCGAGGCGUCGCGACGUCGGUGCGAUUGCUCACGGGUCAUUUACGAGAGGGCGCGCGCGAGCGCGGCGAAGACCCGGUGGAUUUCGCGGUGACGAGCGCGGAUGCGGACACGACUUUGGUCGUCUACAUGGGUCUCGGCACGCUUCCUCGAUUGAGCGAAAAACUCAUCGAGAGCGGUUUCCCUCGCGACGCGCCCGCGGUGGCCGUCGAGCGCGGGACCACGGUUGACGAACGCCGUGUGUUCAGCUCGAUAGAGCACCUCCCCGAAGCCGCGCGCGAGUGCGAGUUGGUCUCCCCGACGUUGAUCAUCAUCGGCAAGACGUGCGUCCUGAGUCCGCACUGGCCUUACGCCGCGGGCGUCCGCGUCGGCGUCGACGGCGUCCCGCGUUGGAUCGCGUCCAGCGGCAGCGUCCGCGCCCCCGAGGAUCUCAACGACUGGCGCGCGUGGCUCGACGUCGAUCUUACCUGUACGCGUCACGAAUCACCCGCGAAAGUCAUUCACGCCGACGGUAUUUUGUAA